AUGGUUUAUAAUGGUUGUGGAAACAGCUCAAAGCCAUUCAACACUAUUGGACUUCAGAAAUUGGCUGAAAAUUGUGUGGCUAAUUAUACAUUUUUUGAUGGUUGUAACAAGAAAUGUGCCGAGGAUCAGAAUUUUUUCGAAUUGUCUAAUAAUAAAAUGGAUCCAGUGGUUUAUGGACAGGUGAUUUUUUUUAGGAUUCUGGGUGGUCUUGAAGCUUCGUGGGUGGUCUAAGUUACUCUGUGAUUUCCAAAACCAAAAAAAUGUUUUUUUUCCAGAUUUUCCCAGUGUUAGUACUGUUGGCAGUAUUCGCAAAUGCUGCCGUUGCAAUUGUGCUAUCCAAAAAACAUAUGGUAACACCCACCAAUGUGGUGUUGAAAUAUAUGGCGAUCGCAGAAUUGUUGGUCGGAUUGGUGCCACUUCCAUGGACAUUGUUCUUUUUCACAAUGGGGUUAGUUUUCAUUAGAUGUUUUGAAGGAGAAAAAUCAAAGGUUGAAUUUUAAAAAUGUAUAGAAAAAUUCAUGUGAAACGAAACGGAAAUCUUUGUUGUUUUUCUGGAUUUCUAAUAUUUGAUUCAAUUUUUUUGCUCUUCUAAAUCCGAUUUCAAAAUUUUCGUUCUGAGAAGAUCACAUCAUUCUUUAGUUCUUAAAUAUUCUUUUUUCAAAAGUAGAAUGUACUUUUCAUAUUUUUCGUAAAAUCACAAAUAGGGAACAUUUUCUAUCAACCGACAUCUAAACGGGGCCGGCCAAGCGCUAUGUUUUCAAAAGCUUCUGAUUAUGUUAGGGUAUCCUCAAGAUUUUGAAUUGCACAACUUUCUUAACGCGAUUCUCGAAAUCGAGGAAGCCAUCCUCUGCAGACUGAUAUCUGAUUUUAUGCCUCCUACACCUCCAAAUAUUUUCAACACAAACAAAACAAAAAGCUUAAUCCAAUCCUUGAUUUCAAACAAAUCUCAUCACAAACAAUUAAACUAAUCCACCCUCAUAAGCUUUUCGAAGCUCAUGACAUCCUAGUCAAAAAAAAUGGUCAUAAGAAAGGCGAAAAAUGACCCGGAUAAUCCCCAAUUAUCACAAAUCUCAUAAUCAUUUUGUUUACCAUUUUCAGAAAUUAUCAAAAACAACAUCGUCUUGAAUUAUGGUGGUGUUAUUUGCAAAAAUAUAGCAUGGAUGCAAUGCCACCCAUUUUUCAUAAUAUCGCCAUGUGGCUUACCGUACUACUUGCAGCUCAGAGAUAUAUAUCGAUUAGUUAUCCGUUGCAUUCGAGGGCGACUUGUAGUGUGAAAAAUGUUCGAUAUGCCACAAUGAUUAUUGCGGUAUUGUGGUUUUUUUUAUCUUGAAAUUUUCAAAAAAUUCCAAUCAUUUUCCAGACCACCUCAAUAAUCUGCGGUUUGCCAAAAAUCCUACGAUUUCCUAUUCGACACAGUUGAUGGCUAUGUCUACACAUAUAAUCGACCCACAAAUGGAUACAUUUGGAAAUAUACAAAGUGAGUCAGCGUGUUCAGACUAUGUAUAAUCAUGUGAAAAAAUUAUGAAAAAAAUGAAAACUCUAGUCUGAUGUCCGGAAAUCGGAUCCCUGACAAAGUGCAACAAACACAAACAUCAAAUUGUGUUUCCUAUUUUCAAACAACACGUUGUUUAAAAAUGAUGUGGUGUGGAAAAUGAUGACAAAUACACAUUUUCGAAGAAACGUCAAGUUCAAACAUGGUUGAUGAGGUAAUCUUCAUCGAUUAUUGCAUCAUCACAAAGGGGAGAGAGAGAGAGAAUUAGAGAAAAAUAGUGAACGUGAAUUUUUUAGCUCUCAUGAAUCUGGUUUGGAAAAGUUUUUGGGUUUUUGAAUUUCUGUAAUUUCCCAAUGUUUUUAGACCACCCACGAAGUUUUUCAGCACAAGAAGUUUCACUUCCGGGUACAUGAAAAUAUGUCUACAUAAUUUCUGACAUCACAAAAAGUGAAUCCCAACAUUUUUUUGACUAAAAAUCAAGUGCACUUAUAGAUCAAAGAUAAAAGAUCGAAAAAAAAUGUGUUUUCCAGAAGUUGUACAUUUAUGCACACACCAUUAUUAGAUCUCAUGGGACCAAUGGUAUUCUUCAACAUCUAUUUCUGGACUCGCGCACUGGUUUUCAUCAUUUUACCAAGUGUUUUGCUAGUUAUCCUGAAUGUCCUGCUAAUUCGUGGCAUUCGAAAAGCUCAAAAACGAAAAUUACGGUUACUACGGUAAGCUGACACAUUUCUUUAGUAGUAUUUUGUGUUUACGAUUCACCGUGUAUGCAAAAUAUGUUCCGUGAGCUGCACUUUCUUUUUUCUUCUCCUCUUUUUCUCACAUGUGUGAUGUUUUUAUUUAUUUUUUUUUGAAAAUAAUAUAUGAAAAAAUCAUAGGGACCUCCCACCUCACGGGCAUGUUUUGUAUAUCACGGUGUUUCACCACGAUGUUGACUCAUUUUUCUUUCAACUCACAAAAACUUUUUACGUUUUUUCCGUUCUUAGCAGCAAACAAGUCGAAAUCUCGAUGAUUCUUCUGAAAAACUGUGUGACCAGUCCGAAUUCAAAUGAGACAAGGUUUGGAUAAAACAAAAAUCAAUAAACAGAAUUGGAAUGUCCACACACGUAGUCUUUAUUUUUUUUCUUCUUUUCCCCCUUCUUUUCUUUCACACCUUACUGUAGAUUUGCAUGGUUUUUUCCGGAAAGCUGGCUUUUGUACAACUCUUUUUUUUAAAUUUUUAUGUAGAUGAUUUUAGAGAAAUUUAACUUUGGAAUUUGAAAAUUGAAUGUGAGAAUUUUCAGAGAAAAACGAAGUGAAGAAGCGGCUAGACAAAGGGAUAGCAAUUCAACGAGUUUAAUGUUGGUCGCAAUUGUCUCCAUUUUUCUGGUGAGUUAAAGGAACAUUACAGCACGCUGUGGUAGAGAAAUAAUGAAUUUCUUCUCACAAAACAUAGUGCUCAGACGAUCCCGUUUGAAUGUCGGGCACUCUAAGCAUCCAAUUUCUGUGAGAACAUCUACAGUAUCCUAAAUUUUUCGGAAAACAAAAAAAUGACUGAUUAGAUAACAAACUAUCUUCGUUUCAUUUCAUGAAGCUACAGUAAUCCAAAAUGUUCGAGAUCGAUAACGGUGUUUUUUUUCAACGAAAUUGAAUUUUUUCUUGAUGUAUGAUAGGAAAAUAUGAAAAUUUCCAAUUUUUAGGGUUACAGUAUUCGUCUACAGUAUUCUAAGCGUUUGUGUAAUCUUUUGAAAUUAAUAGCGUUAAAAUAAGGCAAUAAGAUACUGUUUAAAAAUUGCAGUAAUUCUGGAUCAAAUUAUUUUUUUGGCCUACACAACAUUUAAAAAAACGUUUCUGGAAAUUAAAAUCUAAAAAAAUUUACCUACAGUACCGUUAAAUCAAAAUUCAUUUUCCAGAUCGUUAAUCUCCCACAAGCCGCAUUCCUUGCGUUGCUCUGCGUCUGCGAAACAUUCAACCUAAAACUUGAAUUUUUCAAUGGCCCCAUUCCAUCGGCUUUUCUUCUAACAAGCAAUAUGAUAGUUAUGGUAACUGCUUCUGAAACUAAAAAUUUUUAAGAUUUCAAAUUGAAAUAUUCCAGGCAACAUAUCCAAUCAAUUUCAGUAUUUACUGUUUCAUGUCCAGCAGUUUUCGGCAGACUUUUAAAGCCAUGUUUUGCCCGUAAGUCUGAUAUCUGAAAAUGCAUUUACAUAAAAUAUUAAAAAAAAUUAAAUUUCAGGGGUCUCAAGCAAGCGGAAUACGAUCGUAAACGUGAAGUGUCGGCGGUUCAUUCAGGUCGUCGAAGUGAAUAUUGCACCCAAUUGGUCAACAUUUCCACCGACGCCGAAGUCUCCACACAAAUUUCGACUCAUCGAAAUUCCGAAAUCAAAUAUUCAAUCACCAAUAAUCGCCUCACACCAUUUCCAUCAGAUGGAAAUAACAAACCGCUGAAACGUUUUCAGCUUUAA